AUGCCCUUAUCCUAUGAUCGAAACAGUGAUAGGCCAGACGUAUUUGUUCCUUCAUACACAAGCAAACGUAAGAAGUCAAUGAUUGUUUCUUCAAAUGAAGUUCAGAUGAAUCAGAAUUCAAAUACAGCAAAUGGACAAAACGACUUGCGCCUCUUUGAUAAGGAACAGCUUGCAAAAUUAUUAAUACAUGCGUUGAAAGAACUUGGUUAUAAUCAAUCAUCGAAUGCAUUGCAGGAGGAGACUGGUGGUAUUCAGGUGGAGUCUGCCGUAGUCCAGAAACUUUUCAAUAUAAUUCGAAGCGGCAACUAUGAGAAUAUCACAGUAUCACUACUCUGUCAACUACCAUUGAAAUAUGGCUCAUUAAAUUCAGAGCAUAUUGCUGGGCAUCUCUCUCAGGGGCAGCCUCCUUUUAAUCAAUCAGGUUACCUAGGAACGAGCAGUGAAGACAACUCCAUGAAAAUUGAGAACAUUAUUGUUCAGGGUACUGAUUGGCAAAGAGUCAUUGCACAAAUGCAACAAGAGCUCAAGAAUUUUGAAAGUAUUCUACCGGUUUCUGGUAAAUCUUUUGAUUCUCAAAUUGCUGUGCAGCUAAUAAGCCUUGUGGAAAUUAUGGUUUUGAUAAACAGAGAAAUAUUUCUGGAGCUAGUUUUUGAUCAGCAGAAUCCUCCUAUUGCUGUCUUAUUUUUGAGAAAUAUACUACGCAAAUACAUUCAGCUUUGGGAUUCUUUACUUUCUCUGGAAAACCACUUUUUAGAUAAGGAUACGACAUUUACGCCGGAUAAUCUUCUAAGGGAAAUGACUACAAUUCUCACAAGUCCAUUUGAUUCAAACCAAAGAAACACUAUGUGGCAUGGGUCAUUGGCGAGGUCUCGUGAAACAUUGAUAGAAGAGAUAUCAGACUAUAUUAAUCCAAAUGACUUAGUACCUAAAGGAAGGUUGCUCACGCUGUUGAAACAGGCAAUUACGUACCAGCAAACGCAAGAGGCUUUUUCAGCUGUCGCAGAGAACGAAGAACUCGCAACCAUUGAAAAUGGCGAGCAAAGCACUUCGUUCAAACAAUGCAAUAAGAAGUUCAACUUAUUGCAAGACAACAUCUCCACGUUUCAACAAAUCAAAUUCGUAGAGGAAAAAACUUUGAUUCAAAAUGUUGACGAAAUUUGGUACUUACAAUUUUCACCGGAUGGGAAGUAUCUUGCCAGUGCAUCUGCCGACUCCUUAACAGAUCGAAAAAUAAUGAUAUAUGAUGUUGAAAAUGAUUUUCAGGUCUACAAAGUUUUAGCUGGUAAUGACCAAUGCGUAUUGUACCUUUCGUUUUCUCCUGACAGUCGAUAUGUAGUCUCGUGCCCCUUUAAUGAAAUGGCCAAUGUCUAUGAUAUUCACUCUAAAGGAGAAUCAACUAACAUUAAUCCCAAUUCGGAGAAUGGGUUGAUUGCGGAAGUAAUUGCACCCAUAAAUACCUUCCAAAUUCCAAGUACUCCUGGUAGCCCGGAAGCUGCCUCUAAUAACUGUGGGGGACCCCCAAGAAUUUGGUGCUGCGAUUGGUUUCAUACUUCGGAUCACAAAGGGAGAUUCGUUGUCGGUUCCCCCGAUCGUGAAGUUGCUAUAUAUGAUAUGAAUAGAAAUGCCAUAAUACUAAGGCUUUCAAAUUCAAUUUGUCCUCCUUUAAACGGUACAAAUGACUUAGGUAGCGCGCCUUUGGAACCCUUUCCUCGAGUGCACGAUUUAAAAAUUACGGCAGAUGAUAAUUAUUUGAUACUGAUGACGCACCAGGGCAAUAUCGACGUAUAUGAUUUGACUCAGCUGCCUAGCAAUGAAAAAGUCGAAGCAAAAGAAGCUAACUUGGACAAAGUGCUACUGCCGAGAAUUUCAAGAUUAACUGUUCAGAAAAGGAUGACCUGUAUCUCAUUACCUAAUAUAGUGGAUCCAAAAAGUCCACUCGCUUCUUUACUUUUAGUGAGCUUACAGUCUAAUGAACUUCAACUGUGGGAUUUCAAAGAGCAAAUAUUGGUCCAAAAGUUUUUUGGACAGCGUCAGGAACAAUUUAUUAUACGAUCGUGCUUUGGCUACAAUAACGAACUCAUUGCAAGUGGCUCCGAAGAUGGCAAAAUUUACAUUUGGGAUAGAAUUAAUGGGAAUAUUGUUGGCGUGCUAACAGCUCAUGUUACGCAGAGACCAGUGCCGAGUGGUAGUAAUAAAAAGUUUGGCAAGAAUUGUAAUGUUGUCGCUUGGAGCCCAACAAACAAAGCACUUUGUGCGUCAGGUGGUGAUGAUGGUUAUAUUAAAAUUUGGAGAGUAGGUACAGAGUAG